AUGGGAUUUGAUCUAACUCAGUUGAGUUAUUAUUCGGGAAAUCAAAUUCAACAAACAGCUUUCGCUUCUUUAUCACCUAUCAGAUGUGAGGAAAUUAUGCAUCAAGCUGAUAACACACCAGUUUCCAAACGUGUUCCAAACUGCCAGAAGUGUGGCCAACACGGACGUAAAUCACGGCUUAAAGGUCACAAACGUGUAUGCCCUUACCGAGACUGUGAGUGUGCAAAGUGUCAAGUAGUUAGCGAAAGACAGAAGUUGAUGGCAGAUCAAAUAAAAAUACGACGUCGUCAACGAAAAGAUACAUUGUUAAAUAUCACGCGUGAAAAUAUUACGGCAACUUUGAAUGCAGCUGCAGCUGUUGCUGCUUCUGGACCACUGCCUUAUUUUCACAACUUUAAUGCUUUAUUUUACAAGCAACUUCAACAAAAUAUGCGUCAGCCGGCAGUGGCAGCAUUUCUACCAAGUAAUUCACCUCCUAGCGAUAGAAUGAUGGAAGCUGCUGCAUUCAACAGUACUUCGGCCAAUCUGAGUAACUACUUAACAAAUUCAGCGCCUACAUCAAAACUUGGCCAGCAAACUCCACAACAUCACCAACAGCAACCGCAACAUCAGCAACAACAAGCUUCUCCAUCUAGUCUACCUCAUUUGCAGUUUCUUCUACAACCACAAGCCACAACUCCGACAACCACAACUACAAGUACUCUUGCUGAUGGCGAUAUGCCACUGCACUCACUCACACCACCUUGUAACCAGUCUGAAGAUAACGUUCUCAUCGGUAAUAAUCCUCCAAUAGCUGUACCAGUGCCAAUUAAUCCCAUCGCAGUGAGUGCCUUGGCACCAAAUCUUUCAGCUCAAGAUGUGCUCUCGAGAACACUACAGCACCAGCAGCAUCAACACCACCACCACCAUCAACAACAACAACAACAACAUCAGCAAGAACACCAGCAGCAUCAUCAUCAGCAAAGAGAGUUAAGCACAUUAAAUGUCAAUCAGAGUUUGGCCAAUGGGCAAAUCUCGGCAUUUUUGGAAAACGAACAGUUGUUUCAAACACUGCUUAAUAAUAUGCGACAACUAGAGCGAAAAAUUUCUGUUGAAGCAGCCAAAGUGGCAGCUGCGACUGCUGCCAUACCUGAUAGCAGCAGUGGUAGUGGCAGUAGCAGCAGACCUGAGACGACUAAUCACUUGCCAGGCAUAUUCGUUGAUGUUUGCAGCGUGUAA